AAGGGACAAGCAGUGGGUGUGGUUGCAAUCUGACUGUCUAAUAGUUAGUCACAGAGGUGAAAAUGUGUGGUUAAUACUAAUCAGACAGGCUGAGAUUAGACAGACCUAACAGAACCAGGAAACUCAGUCUGCUUUUUGAGUGUUGUAAUUUGUAAACAUGAUGAUUUAUUGUAUUUGUGCCCAUAUACAUUUGUGAUUAUCUUUUGAAAUAACACUCAGUAGUUUUGAUCUGUGAAAUGAUUUGCUUGUGCUUGCUGCAUUAAUGCAAGUCCAUUCCCUACUCUACUGUCUCAUAUUUCACCUCAUAUUGAGAUAGUGAAGAUAAUUGUUAUGGUAACACAAGAAUUUCCACCAACAAUACAGGCCUUAUUUCUCUCCCUUUCUUUGCCAAUUGCUCCUUAGCUCCAGUCACUCCAGGUAGUUCUUGAGUAACUGCUCUACAGGAUUACCAAACAAGAUUAGAGAGCAAAAAAGUGCAUAGUACCAUCUGUCUACUUGCAACAGGAGUUUUGGCACCACAGGCGUGACAGACCAAACGUUAUCAAAACAGUAUUAUAUAAAGACCCUCAAUUAACUAAAGAGAGUCAUAGAUUGUGAACUGAGGCAGGUCUGUGGAACCAUGGGAUUGCUCCUUGCUGUGUCGCAAUAACACACAUCUCUGCUGCUGUCUUUUUUAUAAGGCUUGGCAGCUGACCAGAGAGGAGUCAACAUGUGGCAGCGUGUAUGGACUUCCACCUUGUGCUUUAUUGCCAGUGUUUUUGCUAUGAGUCAGUUGGAUAUUAGUACUGAUGAAGCUAACUGGGUCCACAAACUAAGAGAGCUGGACAAAUUCUCUCAGAGGUCUGACAUUUCAUGGGCAGAAACUCAAUCUCUAGCACUUGCUGAAGCACUUGAGGAACGAGGACUUCUGCCACAACAGAAACGAAACUUACUUCUGUCCAGUGGAGUGCAACUCUGUUCCCAGGAGACUAUACAGCAAGCCAUAGCCAGCCAUCUCAAAUAUUUCCAGCUGAGAGUGUGCCAGGAGGUAAUAUGGGAGGCUUUCAAGAUUUUCUUGGACCGCCUGCCUUUAGAGGAGGAAUAUCAGCACUGGAUGAGCCAAUGCCAGACCGGGACAAUCAGUGCAAGGGAGAUUGGCAUUGCAAUCAGCCAAUCAGAGGAACAUAUUGCUCUGUUUUAUAGAAGGCUGGUUCAAAUUGGAUUGAAAAAGCCUCACUGUGAGUCAUCCAAAGAGCAGGACAUCAUCCCUUCAGAGGAAACAUCUCCAGAGGAAGCCCAACCUACAAAGGGACCACAACAGCCUGCGAUAAUGUAUGAGAGACAAACUACAAUAAUGACACAAGAUUUUCCUGGAGAUGAAGCAGAGGACAAUUCCAGUUUAUCUGAGGAAGUUGUUGUGGGAGUUAUUGAUGUCACUAUACAGCCACACCUCACCGAGGAGGCCAGCACCUCAGAGGAUACUAAAGUGAAGGAAGACUUGCCCCUAAACAGUGCUGUGGAAAUUCAAGCUCUGCCAAGUCUGACUCCUACUGUGGCCUCCCACCAAGCUGCUUGUACCAGAGAUGCUGUUUCUGGUAAUGAGACACAACGGAGAGAGGACAUUCCUGAAAAUUACCUGUCCAAAGAUAGUGGAGAACACAUUGGAAAAAUGGAUGAAGACACAUCUGUUUUAAUGGACACACCCCUGGCAGGGGAUUACAAGUUUUCCACCUUUACCACUAUAACUGAGAAUUUAGAGGAAUUUCUGGCACCACCUAAUCCCAUACCAGCCAUAUGGACAACAGAAUCAGGAGAGGCAAAAGACCACACACUUAUAGAGAAAGCCAAAAAAGAAGAAAUAUCUUUAGAGGAGGAGGAGCUUGUGACUUAUCUGAAAAAAGAGAAAGAUGUAGAAGGAGAUGCUGAGGUUCCUACACAAACAGAAAUGAAGGUCAUGGAAGUGACCAAGGCCAUUACUCCAGCUAUUGAGAUUCCAGAAGAGGAGAUCACCACAGAACCUCUUCCUGUUCACCCCAUGCAUCUCUCUCCAGAUAAAGAGUUUAUUCCCACCAUGCCCACGGAAGUCACUAUUCCUGAGAUAGAAUCUGUUUAUACACCAACAAGAACAAAAGAGGGAAGUGAAGUCAGCAUCGCCAUGCCUACUAGCCCUGGGCGUGCUCUGAUAGUGUUCUUCAGUCUUCGGGUUACCAAUAUGAUAUUCUCAGAAGAUUUGUUUAAUAAAAGUUCUCCAGAGUACAAAGCCCUGGAGCAGAGGUUCCUUGAGUUGCUGGUUCCAUACUUGCAGUCGAACCUCGGUGACUUUCAAAAUCUGGCGAUACUAAACUUCAGAAAUGGCAGCAUUGUGGUGAACAGCCGCAUGAAGUUUUGGAAGCCAGUUCCUCGAGGAGUCACCACAGCUGUCUAUCUGAUCCUUGAGGACUUCUGUAACACGGCAUACCAGACAAUGAAUCUGGCCAUAGACAAAUACUCACUAGUUGUGGAGUCAGGCGAUCAGGCAGACCCAUGUAAAUUCCAGGCAUGUAAUGAGUUUGCGGAAUGUACAGUGAACCGCUGGUCCAGUGAGGCAGAGUGUGUGUGUAACCCAGGGUACUUCAGCAUUGAUGGCUUGCCCUGCAAGAGCAUCUGUGAAAUCCAGCCAGAUUUUUGCCUUAAUGAUGGCAAGUGUGACAUUGUUCCAGGUCGAGGAGCCAUCUGCAGGUGUCGAGUAGGGGAGAACUGGUGGUACCGAGGAGUGCACUGCGAGGAGUAUGUGUCAGAGCCACUGGUGGUGGGGAUUGCCAUAGCAUCAGUGGCUGGCUUCCUGCUGGUGGCUUCAGGAGUCAUUUUUUUCCUAGCUCGGGCUCUGAGAAACCAGUAUGAAGAGGAGCUGCAGGACACUGUAAGGAGAGGAGACAGUGUUGCUUCCCUGGAAUGGGCUACAAAGUACAAUCCCAUGUAUGAAAGUGAUGUGACGACGGGUUACACUCAUUAUUACCGGCAGUAUCCUGAACCUCCGAUCCACAGCAGUGCCAGCGCUGAGGCCUCCACAGACUUCAGCAGUGAGGAGGUCCGGCACAUUUAUGAGAACAGUGAACUCACCAAAGAGGAGAUUCAGGAACGGAUUCGCAUUAUUGAGCUUUAUGCUAAAGAUCGUCAGUUUGUGAACUUUAUGAGCCAGCAUCAAGCUGUGGCAGAUACUCAGAGUGAGAGCUCAUCAACAUGAAAAGGACAUACACCUAGUAGCUUGCUACAUUCAACAAGGAACAUUUGAAGAAUGCUUGAUGAACAUUUAGGUGUAUAGUCUCUCUCUUUUACCUCCAUCACAUGGAUGUUUAUCAUAUGGGACGCUUGUUUAUUAAUCAGUGCCUUACUGACUGUGCUUUAAUGGGGGUUGAUUACUCAGCCAAUCAUAAGCUACAGUUCAGAAAUAUGGCCCUGGCCCAAAACAGAAUCCAUUCUCUUUCUGAAACCUUAAAGGUUAUUUGCACCUUAUUUUGAUGUGUUUAGUGUUAAACUAAGUUUUUAAUAAGCUAUCAUCAUAUGUCCCACAAACAACAGGAAAUAUCAUGUGUAAUAUGUGCUUAAUGAAAGUUUAUCUUCAUAAUAAUCUUUGUAAAGUUGAAUGAUGUUGGUUUUUCUGGACUACUGAAUCUCACACCAGAUGAAAGUUUUACUGCCCUUUAAAGCCACUGCUAAAUCUGAGGUGUUACAUGUUUUCAAUUUCCCCACAUCCUCUCUGACAAGGCCAAAAGAGAUAAACCUGGAAAAAUUAUUACUUUCCAGGGUUAUUCCUCAUAAUCUCAGCCAACCUUUUCUAAAGUUAUUACAACAAAACUUUUCAUCCUAAGGAUAAAAGAGACAAGUGAGACCAAAGGAGGAAUGUAAGAGAGGUUUAUCACUUCUUUUAAGCUGUAUUUGUUUCUAAAUUGCCUCAAACAAGAAUGAUCUCCAGAACAACCCACAGAAACACACACAAACACAAUGUAGCAGCUGGUAAGAGCAGGACAGCUGUAGCUUCUGUAUUCUGUUAGCUUUUAUUUUUUACCUUUUACUCCAUUGAUGACUGAGCAUGUUAAAUAACUACUAAUAAUAGUAAUACGAAUCUAAUAAGAAUAAUAACAAAGAUACGGUAUGUCAAUGCAAAAAUGUUAAAUUAAUGUAUUUUAAUAUAUUAGUUUAUCGAUAUUAUCAACAUAUACUUUUGCAGUGUAAUUACAUUUUUUGUCCUACAAAUGAACCAAAAGCAUUCACCAGUUGAAGUAAGAAAUGUAAAUGUGUUUCCAAUUCAAGUAAGUACUGACCGCUAAUGUAUUUCUGUUAAAGGAAUUAAAACCAUAUUUUAACUUUUGUGCUUUUGUUUCAGUAUGAAACAAAUUUUGACAUGAUAUGUAGUCUGGUGCUCAAACUGCUGGUGUGACAGUCACAGCAAUAAGUCAAGGGAAAGCAUGACAGUAUAUUUCCAACAAUAAAGAACUGCCCUAGAAAGUGGGUACAAAAAUAGGAGAAUGUGGGAGCUCAAGCACAGAGAUAGCCAAACUUAAAUGUCAUAGUUGGUAAAUGGAAAUAAAAAUAAAACCAAACAACAAGAAGAUAGAAAACAGUGUUUCGCAAACUUGACCUGGUCUAAUGAAAACAACCUGUUCUAAUGACUAAGAAACUUGGACCUUUGAACAGUGGAACAAAGUAAUAGGUUCUAAUGAGUCAUCUGUUGCUGUUCGUUCUGCAUCUGAGUGUGUUCUUCUAUUGAGCUUAAGUUCUCACUGAUCACAAUGUUUCUUAUUGACAAAUGAUGUAAUGUCCCCCUAGAAACUGUUCAAAGCAUGUUUAACAACAAGCCAAGAAGGACUGAGGUAAUUAAUAAAACAAAAUACAGCUCAGGAUAUUCCAUAAAGUAACUCUACAGAGUUGGAUCUACUUUUUCUCUUUUUUUAAUGUUUGAAACUUGGUUAAUCAUCUUUGAUAAAAUGAAAUGCAUGUACAGUACUGUGCAAAAGAAAUGCUAUAAAGCAAAGAUGCCUUUAAAAUAAUGAAAUUAAACAUUUGCAGCAUAAAAAUAAUUUACUAUAAAGAGCAGUAAACAGCACUAAACUAAAAGUCAGUGCUUGGCAUGACAACCCUUUGCCUUUAAAAAUGCAUCAGUAGUCUCAGGUACUAUACACUUCAUACAAUUUUAUGAGAACAUUGGCUUAUAAAUUUUUCUAAGCAUCUUGGAGAACCUGUCACAGUUCUUCUGGAGACUGACUGUCACACUUCCCUCUGUUUUUACAGGUAAUCCCUGGCAGCCAGCAUUUAUUUUUUUGUCUGAAAAGUGGUCCGUUAUGUAAUAUGCUGCUUUCUUUACUAACAUACAAACAUCUUUCUGUAAAUGUUUAAUUUUUGUUGGAAAAGUAAUUUUUGGAAAUCUCAAAUGGCUUUUUACUGACUCAAUAAUGCAGAAGUCAUAAAAUAAACAUCUAAGACAAAAUUUCUAUUUAAAAAAAAUUUGGAUGCCUAAGACUCUUGCACAGUACUUUACAUGAAUUAGUGUUUGAAAAUUUUUCAUUAUUUAAAAACAUUGUAAAGACAUUUUCUACUGUAUACUUGCAGCACUACAGUUUACCUUCAGU